AUGGCCCGUCCAAGCUGCCGAGUCAUCAUUCUUUCCUUAUGCCUCUUUCUGCCUCGCGUCUCGCAAGCGGCGUCCUGGGCAAGCCUCAACUGCACUCAAGUGUCCUACGACACGCUCGAAACCACCAGAGAACCAAGCCGCUGGCCUUUUGUUGGGCCCAAUGGCCUCUACGCCUACACCCCUAGUCGCUACUGCAUGUACCUGAACGGCUCCCUUGACGGCUCUUUUGCACAGCAAAAUCCCAAGGAAUUCACCGAGUUCAUGACUGCGGUCCAGGAAUUUCAGGACAAGUCGGGCCCUCUAGACCUGGAAUUCAUGCACCAGGGGCAGGAUCCUUGGCCUAACGCCGGCCCGGAACCUGCCGGCCACAAACAUGUCAACAUGGUUAGACACGACGACGUGCAAAUAGCGGGGUGCGGAGAUGUGUGCAAUGGGGAUUUUGUUGACACGGUUAUAUGCACCCAGUGCUAUAUCGUUUCGGUCCAAAGUUGGUAG